UAAGCGCUGCGCUGAGAGCCGCCUCACCUGGCUAGACCAGCUUGCUUUAGGAUUUCUGCGGGCUGCAGACUGCGUUGGAAGGGCCCUUGAAGACUCUGAAGCCACGCAAUGGAAGCAGUGUCCUUUGAGGAUGUGGCUGUAAAUUUCACCUUAGAGGAGUGGGCUUUGCUGGAUCCAUACCAAAAGGAGCUCUACAGAGAUGUGAUGUGUGAAACUUUUAGGAAUAUAGCUGCUCUAGAAAGAAUCUGGGGUGAUGAAGAAAUUAAGUACAAAAAUUGGAGAAGAAACAUAAGAAGUGAAGUGGAAAAAGGCUGUGAAUAUGAAUUAUGGUAUCAACAUGGAGAAAUGGUUUUCUGGACAACAGAUACUAAUAUGAACUUGAGAUCAUUUGGUACAAAACCAGGUGAAAGCAUUGGUUCUAGAAAGCCCCUGAUUGCUCAUUUAUCAGCAAAUAUGCCCAUCAUAGCUAACACUGGAUUCAAAUCAUAUAAGUACCAGGAAUUUGAAGAGAAGCUCUCUAACUGUACCAAACAUGGAAAAACCUACAGUGACUUUCAGUCCUUUCAGAAACUUGCAGAUGUAAAUCCUCAAGAGAAAACCUGUGAAUAUAAGCAAUGUGGAAGUUUGUACUCUGGUUGCACUGAAGGAGCUAAUACAGAAGAGAAGCCUUUUGUAUAUGAGCAAAAUGUGAAAACACUCAGUACACCCAACUAUAUACAAAUUUGGGAAAGAAGUCACAGUGGAGUGAAUACCUAUAUAUGUACAGAAUGUGGGAAAGUUUUUACUUCUCAUCAUUUUAUGCAGAUACACGAAAGAGCUCAUAUUGGCAAAAAACCCUAUGUAUGUAAACACUGUGGGAAAUCCUUCACUAAUAGCACUUCAUUUGGUAAUCAUCAAAGAACUCACAGGGGGGAAAAACCUUUUGUAUGUAAGCAAUGUGGGAAAGCUUUCAGGACACACAGUGAUUGUCAAAGACAUGAAAGAACUCACACUGGGGUGAAACCCUAUGAGUGUAAGCAAUGUGGGAAAGCUUUCAGCACACGCAGUAAUUGUCAAAUACACGAAAGAAUUCAUACUGGGGAGAAACCUUAUGUGUGUAAGCAAUGUGGAAAAGCAUUCAGCAGACACAGUAAUUGUCAAAUACAUGAAAGAACUCAUAUUGGAGAGAAACCCUUUCUGUGUAAGAAAUGUGGGAAAGCUUUUAGCACACAUAGUGAUUGUCAAAGACAUGAAAGAACUCACACUGGGGAGAAACCCUAUGUAUGUAAGCAAUGUGGGAAAGCUUUUAAGACACACAGUGAUUGUCAAAGACAUGAAAGUACACACACUGGGGAGAAACCCUAUGUAUGUAAGCAAUGUGGGAAAGCAUUUAGCAGACAUGGUAAUUGUCAAAUACAUGAACGAACUCACACUGGGGAGAAACCCUAUAUAUGUAAGCAAUGUGGAAAAGCAUUCAGCAGACUCAGUGCUUGUCAGAUACACGAGAGAACUCACACUGGGGAAAAACCCUAUGUAUGUAAGCAAUGUGGGAAAAGUUUCAGCAGACAAAGUCAUUGUCAAAUACAUGAAAGAACUCACAUUGGGGAAAAACCUUAUGAAUGUAAACAUUGUGGGAAAGCUUUUGGCACACACAGUCAUUGUCGAAUACAUGAAAGGAUUCAUACUGGGGAGAAACCCUAUGUAUGUAAGCAGUGUGGGAAGGCCUUUAGCACACAUAGUAAUCGGCAAGUUCAUGAAAGAACUCACACUGGAGAGAAACCUUACAUUUGUAAGCAGUGUGGGAAAGCUUUUAGCACACAGAGUAGUUGUCGAAAACAUGAAAGAACUCAUAAUAGAGUGAAACCCUAUGUAUGUAAGCAGUGUGGGAAAGGUUUCACAACACAAAGGUAUUGUCGAAUACAUGAAAGAACUCAUGUAGUGCAGAAAUCUUAUGUAUGUAUGUAAUGUGGGAAAACUUAGCAAAUACUGAAAUUCUGAAAGCCAUAAAAAACACUACAGAGAAGCCCAAUCUAUGCAAACAAUAUGAGAUAGCUUUCAGCACACACAGUGUUUGUCAAAGAUAUGAAAGAACUCACUGGGGAUAAACCCUAUAUAUGUAAGCAAUAAGGCAAAACUGUCAAUAUAUACUGGUAUUGAUAAAUAUGUUAAUUAUAAAGGAUAAAUGUGCUAUGUAAGCAAUAUUGGAAAUUAUUGUUACAUUAAUAUCAAAGACUUUAAAAAAAGUAAGAGGGAGUGAGUUUUGAAUAUGUAAAGUGACAUGAACUAACCUAACAGGACACACAGGAAAGAAAUCUUUUCUAUGUAAGCAAUAUGAAAAAUUUACCCUAACUUCAAUAAGUUAUUAGGUCAGGCUUCUUUUGUCAGUCUGUUAAGUUAUUUGGUACAUGGUUAAGAGUUCUACUCAACUAUACCUGAGUCUUUAGUUAUGGGAAUAGUAUUCCUUUGCAUGUCAUCUUGAUUUUCUUUGCCAAAUCCUCGCAGUUACCAGCUUGUGUGUCUGAGUUCUUUUCUCUGAGAUUCUAACCUACACUCUUCCUGAUGUCCAGCAAGCAGUCAGGCUGCUGCUUUCUAGGUGUCAGGAAACCUUAUAUUCACAACUGUGCUGCUUUUGCUUACUGUACCCAAACAGUAAUUUUUUCCAUGUUAAAAUGGACAUAAGUCUAGUGUCUUUCCAUGUGCUAAUUUAUUGCUUAAAUAUUUUCCAAUAAAUUUUAUUUUCAAAAAACGUUUUGGUGAAACAAUAAUAACAAUAUAAAUAACCUGGGAGCACUCAAACUUUACAACUGGGCCUUGGGCAGUAGUGAAGAGUACCUAGGUGAAAUUCUAAUUGACUUAUCCUUGUCUUCCCCUUGAAUUACCAUUACCGCUUUUUUUUGAUGUUUUUCCCAAAUUUACCAUGUGUCAUUGUCACCAUGCAACAGUCUUUCAGUUUUGAAUUCUUUAAUGUUGAGUAAGUGACUACUAUAGAAAUUGCACAGAGGUUUUUUGUUGUUGUUUGUUUGUUUGUUUGUCUCACUAUAUUUCACAUUUGCUGAAGUCUAGGUCAGGACCAAGGACUUCUUCAUUAGGCUGAAGCUUUUUCAAGUUUAUUUUUUAUAGUUGAAAAUAAUAACAUUUGUCCCCAGAAAUAACCACACAAUAUAUUUUCUGGACAUUGGGUUAAAACUUGUGGUCUGUAGAUGGGUGCAUUCAAAUAUGGAGGGUGUCAUUUCAUUUAUUCUAAGUCUACUUCCUACUAGAGUCCACUAUUUUGUUUUCUUUGGCUAUUUCCUUAACCAGAAUCAUUGACCUUGUCUAUUUUUGGUGCUUUCUCUUGACUUAUAUAUAUGUUUUAAUCAUGUUUCUUAUGUGUUCAUUGAUCUUUACCCAGUACACAAAUCCUUUUUACUGUAUACAUUGGAAGGUUUUUUUAUUUUUUUAUUUUUUUUUUUUUUUUUUUUGAGGUACCGGGAAUUGAACACUCAGGACCCUGUGCUU